CCAUUAUGUAGGAUUUAAAUUCCUGCACUUGACAGCAGGUGUGUUCUCAACUUCUAUUGAGCCUGCAGGAUAUCUGCAGCUUUUCUCCUUUCAUGUAGGUAGAGUUAUUGUGCGGGUAACAAAUUCCUAAGGUGUGUGCCUGGCUGUACAAAGGCCACCAUGAUGACUGAUAACUCAAUGAAUCGGCCUCCUGCAAGCUUUUUCUUCGGACUGGAUCUGUAGUAAAGUUCACUAGCAUUGUAACUAGUCAUGGUUGCGCUGCAAAUGAUCAGUGAGCGGUAAGAGAGCACAGAGCGAUUGUGGAAGUCUGCUUUAGAGAAUAGUUAGGUAAAUUUCAUGAUGCCGGCUAAGCGUUCAGGAACAAGGAGACGGAGGGGUCACUCCAGUCCUCCGUCCCCCAUGCCUGCUUCCCCAGGCUUCACCCGACUGGAGCAGAAUGAGCCUAUGAACAAUCUGCGUAUCUCUGUAGGAGGUCUCCCUAUGUUGGCUUCCAUGGCCAACAACACUGACCCUCGUUUCCGCCUCAAGUGGAAGCCCAUCGUGGUCGUGGCCAUCUCCCUGGCUUUGCUCCUGCUGCUCUUCAUGCAUUUGAGCUCAGACAUGCGCUCACACUCCUACGGCUCGCACAGCUGGAGAGCCGGUCCCAGUGACACCCAGCAAUCUGAUUUCCGUUACAACAGCACCUACCCUCUCAGCCCGCCGGAGCGUACGGCGCAGGGCACCCGCUACCGCAUUGGGGUCAUCGCUGACCUGGACACAAACUCUCGUAGCGACAAGAAGCUGACAUGGUUCAGCUACAUGCGGCGGGGGUACUUGAUGGUGUCCCAAAGUGGUGACAAGGUGGCGGUUGAAUGGGAUGCGGAGAGGGUUUUGCUGGAGAGCCACCUGUCUGAGAAAGGCAGGGGUAUGGAGCUUUCUGAGCUGGUAGUGUUCAAUGGGAAACUCUACAGCGUUGAUGACAGAACAGGCAUCGUCUACCAUAUUGACGGGGACAAGGCUGUGCCCUGGGUCAUCUUAACUGACGGAGACGGCAACGUUGCCAAAGGGUUCAAAGCUGAGUGGCUUGCAGUAAAGGACAAGCAUCUGUACGUUGGUGGUCUGGGGAAAGAGUGGACCACCACUGAGGGCGUGUUCGUCAACAAUAACCCAGAGUGGGUGAAAGUAGUGGGCUUCAGAGGGGAUGUACAACAUGAAAACUGGGUUCCCAAGUAUACAUCUAUGAAGUCUGCUGCUGGCAUUGAGCCUCCAGGGUAUCUCAUCCAUGAAUCAGCAGUGUGGAGUGACACCCUGCAGCGCUGGUUUUUCCUCCCUCGCCGUGCAAGCAAGGACCGCUAUGAAGAGACGGCGGAUGAACGUCGCGGCACCAACCUCGUCCUUAGCUGCUCGCCAGAUUUCAAAGACAUUAUUGUAAGCCGAGUGGGUCCUCUUAAUCCCACUCACGGUUUCUCCUCUUUCAAAUUCAUCCCCAACACAGACGACCAGAUCAUUCUGGCUCUCAAGUCGGAGGAAGACGCCGGAAAGAUUGCUACUUACAUCAUGGCCUUCACGCUUGACGGACGCAUCCUUUUACCUGAAACCAAGAUUGGGGAUGUGAAAUACGAGGGCUUGGAGUUCAUAUAGACUGAGAGACUCGCUCUUGAGGCCACUGCACUGUUGUUCUAUUUUGUUUACAAUCUUGUCACUGUUUAAAAUAAGUGUACUCGUUGUUUCCUCAUUGAGUUUGUCAAAGACACAACUCCAACCCUUAAAGGAACAUAUUCAGUAUAAAUAGAACAACUAUGGCCUGAGACUGUAAAAUAUGGUCCUGUUUUGGGUUUUGAGAAAGUGCCAGUCAGAAUAGAUAAUGCCAGCAUGUCUUGUGGUGCAUCAUCUCCUUCCAAGGCUAAAUGUGGCCCUCAACAGCACUGUAGCCUUUCUUAUAAUGAAUGUACAAAUUUCAUUUACCAAACUGUGAUAUAUUUUUUUCCUAAGACAUACAUUUUCAUGCACAUACUGUACACUCUCAAAAGGUCAAAAGGUUUAUUCCCCUUUUGCUCCAUGUUGAACAGCAUCAUUCUGUUCACACCAAGCAUUUUCAUUUCAGUGGCAAAACUGUAUUCUUCAUAACUCAACAUUAUUUGAAGGACAUUUCGUUGAAAAAUGAAAUACAUUGUAUGUAAUGUUUUUUGGUGGGACAACCGAGUAAAACCUUGAUUCUUA